AGUGAAACCUUAGAGGGAAGAGUAGGGAGGAUGUAUUGGUUGUUAGGAAAAUGUAGGCUACUGGUGGGAAAUGACCGGUCUACUAAUAAGAUCUAAGGUUGAUCUGGUAAGUGUCUGGACAGAGAACCAGAGCUGGACAAAGCAGCCUCCAUCUGAGAGAGCUAACAGGCACUAUGAAAAUAUCAGGUGUCUUUCUGCUGCUCUCUCUGGCUCUUUUCUGCUUUCUCUCAGGUGUCUUCAGUCAAGAAGGACAGGUCAACUGUGGUGAGUUCCGAGACCCCAAGAUCUACUGCACUCGGGAAUCUGACCCCCACUGUGGUUCUGACGGCCAGACUUAUGGCAAUAAAUGCGCCUUCUGUAAGGCAAUGGCGAAAAGUGGUGGAAAGAUCAACCUAAAACAUCAUGGAAAAUGCUGAAGUCCAGCCAGUAUUUUGUGCUGACCUGCUGGCUCAUGCAUCCUCUUUUCUCACCUCUCAAAUGGAUCCCUUAAAUUUAUGAAGCUACACCUCCUCUGUCUGGGUCUUGGGGAGUUCAGUAC